AGUUUUUGUUUGUUUUAUUACGAAGUACCCUUUAAAAUGGCGAAGUAAAGCGGGAAAGGCGUAGUACCAUCUCUCUAUAUAUUUACUUCUCAUUUAUAUUCUUCCUUUAAUUUCUUCUUCAGAUCUGCGUUUCAAUCUUCUUCUUCAAGCUUCUCAAUGUUGGAGGUUGAAGAGAUGGUUCCACCAACUGAGGCUCCAAAGAAGGUUCCACCAACUGAUCAGGCUCCAAAGAAGGUUCCUGUCCCACAAAAAUAUUCAGAACAAUUAUCUCAUCCACCUCUCAAUGAAAGGAUUCUGUCAUCCAUGAGCAGGAGGUCUGUUGCUGCACACCCCUGGCAUGAUCUCGAAAUAGGACCUGGAGCUCCAAAGAUAUUCAACUGUGUGGUUGAAAUAGGGAAAGGAAGCAAGGUGAAAUAUGAACUUGAUAAGAAAUCUGGACUCAUCAAGGUUGAUCGUAUCCUUUACUCCUCAGUUGUGUAUCCUCACAACUAUGGUUUCAUCCCCCGUACUCUUUGUGAGGACAAUGAUCCCUUGGAUGUCUUGGUUAUCAUGCAGGAACCUGUUCUUCCGGGAUGCUUUCUUAGGGCUAAAGCUAUUGGGCUUAUGCCAAUGAUUGAUCAGGGUGAGAAAGAUGAUAAGAUCAUUGCUGUUUGUGCUGAUGAUCCUGAAUAUCGUCACUUUGAUGAUAUCAAGGAACUCCCACCACAUCGUUUGGCUGAGAUCCGCCGCUUCUUUGAAGAUUACAAAAAAAAUGAAAACAAGGAAGUUGCUGUUAACGACUUUCUUCCUGCCACUGAUGCUUGUAAAGCAAUUCAGCAUUCCAUGAAUCUGUAUGCAGACUACAUAGUGGAAAGCUUGAGGCGCUGAUGUAAAGUGAUCCAUGGUGUUAUAUAUAAUAUAUUAUGAGCUACAUGAUAUACUUUCUGAAUGGUUUUGUUAUGAUAUACUUGCGAUUAAUCAAGAUGACGACGACGACGACAACAUGAUCAACUCUGUUAAAUUUUAAUUACUACCACAGUUCACUAAAUGAAAUAGUUAAGGUUUGAAUGAAAUAUAUAUGAAACCAUGCUUAUUCUCUUUUA